AUGGCUCCUUUAAGUUGCACUCCCAAUUCUGGAAAAAGAGUCAGUAAGCAAAAUUUGAAGUGCAUACCUGGAACUUACUUACACCACAAACCUACAGAAUGUUAUCAUUUACUACACGGUCGACCUAUACAUAGACAGCCAGAUUCAGCUCUAGAAGGUAAAGAAGUAAUAAGUAUUGCUAACCAGGAUCAUGUAAGAAAAUUGCUGGUUCCAAGUACAAAACAUAAUAUUUAUCCUGCUGUUUGGCAUGCUAAAGAACUGGAAGCUAUACGAAAACGAGCCCAGGUUGUCACCUCCAGUGAGAUGAAAGAAGCCAAAAUCGCAGCCGCGCAAAAAGAGGAGCGUUUACAGAAAGAAUUACAAGAACGAAAAACCCUAAUGACGCAUAGUUUGAAACAACCUAAAUGUGGCCCAAAUUUGUUCAGUAUCCAAUCUGAAGCAAAAAGGCGGCAUAUGCACUUAUUGAGACGAUCGUUUGAGCUGAAACAAGAACAACAACCAGAAGCUAAGGAAAUCAACAGAAUAAUUAUAUCGACAAAGUGUCAAGCCGUAAGGGAUGCUCAAAUCGCCGAGAAAGAGCAUAUAGCAAGAGAAAAAAUGGAAGAAGAAGCUCGUAUUGCAAAAAUGGUGGAACAAGAUAGACAAAGGGCUCUCAUGGAAGAAGAAGAAAAAUUAGCAAGGUCUUCACAAAAUAAAAAGGUUUUUGUCAGUGCCCUUCAUGACCAGCUUAAAGAACUUGAAUUAGAACGAAUGCUGGAAGCUGAAAGGCUUGAAGAAGAAGGAAGAGCUAAUAAUCGACUUAUGAUUGCUAUGCAGAAAGAAGAUAUUGAAAAGUUAGAAGAAAAACGAAGAAAACAGCAGCAAACAAGAGACGACUUGAAGAAAGCCAACGACGAAUUAGAGCAUUAUCGAAUGAUAGAAGUCGAGGAACAGAGAAUUGCAGAUUUAAAAUUGGCUGAAUACAUGCGCAGAAAAUUAGAACAACAAAGAAUAUUUGAUCAAGAACGAAAAGCUCAGAAGUUAGCAAAAGCUAAGGAAAUAUUUAGAUUGCAAAAAGCUCAGUCCAGCGCUUUGGAAAUGCAAGCCAUGCAAGAUGAGAUCAACGCUCAGAGAGUCCAGGAAGAGGUGGAACGUGAAUUCCGUCGCAAAGAGCGCGCUAAGGCGCAAAAAGAGGCCGAAGUAGCCAAAUCGAUGUCGGAGGCUCGCGUUCUCCAAAUGGCUGAUAUACAGAGGCAGCAGGCAACCCAGGCUGCCAGGGAGGAGCAGGAAUUCAUGAGGCUGCUGGAACAUUUGAAGGCUGAGAGAGCGAAAGAAGAAGAAAGAGAUAGAAUCAAUAAAGAAAAGCAGACUGCUUAUAGAGAUGAAAUUGUCAAUCAAAUAAAUCUGAAAGAAAAAAUACGUAGAGAGGAAAGAGCUAUGAAAUUACUUGAAGGAAACGCGCUCAGACUUGAGGAUGAAAACCGACUCAAGCAUGUUCGAGAUUUAACAAAACAGAAAAUAGAAAAAUUGCGAGAGAGCAGACUUCCAGAAAAAUAUAUAAUCGAGAUGCAGCGCAAAAUUGCUUUGAAAUUGGACCCCAAGAAAUGA